AUGACCUGAGCCAAAGGCAGCCGCUUAACGACUGAGCCACCCAGGCACCCCUAGACUUUGAAGAUUUUAAAGUUUUGCCUUUAUUUAAGAGGUGAAAAAGAAAGAGGACCAAAAGCUUUAUAGUUCUCUUCAGUUUUCCAAGAGCAACAGGAAAUGAACGAAUCACAGACAACCUUAGAUGAACGUGAUUACAACUGAGCAUCAGCAGGAUGCUCAAUCCCACUUGGAGGGAGGAUUGUAGCUAUGUUCCCCAUCCAGAUCCAAGCCAGCCUAGGUUCCAGCUCCCUUGGAAGAAAGCAGCUUUUAUGAAGUAAGAAGGAGGAAGCCCCAAGAACAGGAAUCUCACCUUGAAGGUCACUCCUCGGACCUCAGACUUCUCAACCACAGCUUUAGAGCAGAGGCAGGAUACUGCUAGAAAGGAGCAGGUGCUGGGUUUGCAUAGCCUGCAGUAGCAGUUCUUUAUUGUGCUCAGAAUGAGCAUUGCCUCACUGUCACCGCAUCCAGAGGGCCUCACCAUGAUGAAAGGUCUGGACCAAGCUUCAGGAAAUAUAGCUGUACAUUCAGCCUUCUCUGUACUUUCCCAAAAGGAAGAGAAAAAGAACAAAUCCCAGGGAUCAAUUUCAUUUGAGGAUGUGACUGUGAACUUUACCCAGGAGGAGUGGGGUCAGCUGGACCCUGAUCAGAGGACCUUGUACAGGGAUGUGAUGUUGGAGAACUAUAGCAUCUUCAUCUCACUGGAAGAAUUGAAAGUUGAUGGCAUAAUAGAGAGCAAAGAAAACCAAGACAGACAUUAUGGCAAGAUGAUUACAGAGAAAGAGAAUGUAUUAAGGAAAACGUUUAAUCUGUACAUAGACUCUAUUCCUUCCAGAAAAAUGUCCAGUAAAUAUAAUCUAGAUGGAGUCAGUUUAGAAGAUAUGUCGGAGUUAACCACUAAUAAUAAAAACUACUCAGGAAAGAAAUCCGAUGAUGCCAGUGGGUACAAGAAAUUGCUUCCUGAUAUUAAUCAUGAGAAAACUCAUACUAGAGAGAAGUUUAAUGAAUUUAAUAAAAAUGAGAGCAUCUUCUAUCAUAAUGAGGAUUUUAUUCAGCAACAAAAGAUUCACACUGUGGAGCAACUGCCUGAAUAUAAUGAAUGCAUUAAAACCUUCCACAAUAAUGCCCUCUUCUUUACACAUAAGAGAACUCAGACAGGAGAGAAAUUAUGUGAUUAUAAUAAAUGUGAGAAAACUUUCAGGGGUGAGUCAAACCACAUGCUACGUCAGAUGAUUUACUCAAGGAAGAAUCAGUAUAAAUUUAAUGAAUGUGGGGAAAGCUGUGAUAAGUCAGCCCUUUGGAAGAAACGUCCUAGAAUUCACAUGGGUGAAGAGUGUGAGAAAUACCAUGAGUGUGAUGUAUGUGGGAAAACCUUCCUCCGGAAGUCAAACCUCACAAUACAUCACAGAAUACACACAGGAGAAAAACCCUAUAAAUGUAAUGAAUGUGGGAAAUCCUUUUACCAGAAGUCAACCCUCACUGUACAUCAAAGAACUCAUACAGGAGAGAGACCCUAUGAAUGUGCUAAAUGUGGGAAAAAAUUCUACCAGAACUCAGCCCUCCAUCAACAUCAAAGAACACACACAGGGGAGAAGCCUUACAAAUGUAGUGAAUGUGGAAAAUCUUUCUCCCAAAAGUCAGACCUGACUGUGCAUCAGAGCUCUCACACAGGGGAAAAACCUUAUAAAUGUAACAAAUGUGACAAGUCCUUUAGUAUAAAGUCAAAACUCACUGUACACCAGAGAAUACACUCAGGGGAGAAGCCCUAUGAAUGUAGCAACUGUGGGAAAAUGUAUCAUAUGAAGUCAACCCUCAUUAAACAUCAAAGACUUCACACAGGGCAGAAGAUAUAUGAAUGCAGUGAAUGUAGGAAGACCUUCUGUGGGAAGUCAGUUCUCCUUAAGCAUCAGAGAACUCAUACAGGGGAGAAACCUUAUGAAUGUGUAGAAUGUAGGAAAACCUUUUCUGAGAAGUCAACCCUCAGUAAACAUCGGAGAAUUCAUACCGGGGAGAAACCCUUUGAAUGUAACAAAUGCGGGAAGUCAUUCUGCCAAAAGUCACAACUCAUUGAACAUCAGAGAAUUCAUACAGGGGAGAAGCCCUUUGAAUGUAAAGAAUGUAGGAGAACAUUUUGUCAGAGGGCAUCCCUCAAUGUACAUCAGAGAACACACACAGGAGAGAGGCCCUAUGAAUGUAACGAAUGUGGAAAAUGUUUUUAUGAUAGUUCGACCCUCACUAAACAUAAGAGGAUUCAUUCAGGGGAGAAACCCUAUAAAUGUAAUGAAUGUGGGAAGACCUUCAGCCACAAAGCAACUCUCACCACACAUCAGAAAAUACACAGAAGAGAAACACUGUAAAGAUGGAUGGUGAAACACUGUCUUGCUGUAACUCAGAACUGUUGGCCUGACAGAAGGUGUACCCAAGGAGGUAACCCUAUGGUUGUAAUGAAUGUGGGAAGUCCUAUCAGAAGUGAGCCUUCAAUUUACAUCAUAGAACUCUCACAGGGGACAUCCCUGGCAGUGUUUUUACCAAACUGGGCACAGAGCAAGUCUUUAUUUCUCUGCAGCUUUUUGCAUUCAGGUGGGAUGAUGUGCAUGAGAUCUGGCCAAUGGGCUGUCAGUAUAAUGUAAUUCACUUCUGGUAUGACACAUAAUGGCCUCCAUGGCAAUUCUUUGUAUUCUAUGUUCUCUACGGAGUAGGAUGUAGAAUGCCUUCUGAUGAGAGGUCAGCACUCACUGUGUUGGUGAACUCACACAAGAGUAGAAAUCUCUGUCAACAUCUUUUUUUUUUUUUAAGAUUUUAUUUAUUUGACAGAGAAAGACAGCAGAAGAGGGAACACAA